CUGGCGAGACACAGACCUCUCGUUUCGGAGUUUGUCGUCAGGUAUAGCCGUAUAGGCCUUGCAACGCUUUCUUCUUCCUUCUUCCUCUUGUUUCGGAGUUUGUCGUCAGGUAUAGCCGUAUAGUCACCAAAAGUCUCUCUAUGAAUCGGCACAACAUACUCUGAUGGGUUUUAUCGCUCUGCAAUCUUGGAGCAGAGGAGCUUCAACUUCUCUUCAUCUCCUUCGUCCUCGUCCAGGACCUCCAGUUGGCUCCAACCCUAAGCUAUAUGUUGCUCCAGCAGUACAAGCAGUUACUAGUUUUAAGUUUGAUGUAAGAGCCUCUUCAAGUCGUAAAUCACUUAAGAACCCCAAAAGAGAGUCUCAACAAGGUAAAGACAUAACCACAAGAAAUGUUACAGAAGAAGAAGUGACUUCUCCAAGAUUUGAGGAAGCUCAAGUUGAUACUGAUGUUGUUGUCGUUGCUCCUCGAGAAGAAGUGCUUCAGGCGUGCACUGUAACUUCUGGUUUAAUGGCUGCACUAGGUCUGAUCAUCAGGAAGGCGUCUCAGGUUGCUUCCACUGAAGGAUUACCAGUCCCAGACUGCUCUAGUGACAUACCAUUUGGGUUUGAAACUUGGCAUCUCGGGUUAAUUGCUGGAAUUGUAGUGUUUAUAUCAUCAAGCAGGUUAUUGCUACUUAAAUAUUGGCCAGAUUUUGCUGAUUCUAGUGAAGCAGCAAACCGACAGAUUCUUACUUCGCUCGAACCUUUAGAUUACCUUGUUGUUGCAAUGCUACCUGGAAUUAGUGAGGAAAUGCUCUUUAGAGGUGCAUUGAUGCCUUUAGUCGGAGCCAAUUGGAACGGUAUUGUGGCGGUUGGACUCAUCUUCGGUUUACUUCAUCUAGGAAGUGGAAGAAAGUAUUCUUUUGCAGUUUGGGCGUCGAUUGUUGGUAUAGUCUAUGGUUAUGCAGCGGUUUUAUCGUCGAGUCUUGUUGUUCCGAUGGCCGCCCACGCGCUCAACAACUUGGUCGGAGGUCUGUUGUGGCGACGUAGUUCCAACUCCAAGAUCAAAGUCACUGGAGUGAAAUAAACAAAAAUUUACAGAAAAGGGGCUGAAUUGAAAAGUUUACAAUUUUAGUGAGUGGUUUUGUUAAACAUUUAUAACCGAGAGUGUGCUUAUUGCAAAAUUACUGUACCAAAGUCUGUCACAAAGGACAAAAGUGUGAAAUUGGAUCUCUAUGCAUUAAUGAAGUGAAAAGUGAAAAACCAAUCAUGAUUAAA